GUCGUUAUUGAAGAGUAUAGGAAAUAUGUCCAUCUAUAAAAGAAGGGGUUACGGGGGACAAUAUCCAGAACAAAUUGUUGCUCUGUCACCUCUCAAUAAAACCCUCACAUAAACUGAAACCUCUGUUGAAGUGGAGGAGAAUCUAGAUUCAAACAAUUCGAUUUGAGUGAGAACACUAAUAUGUUAUUAGGAAGAUCAUAUUGGUUUGGUCUCAAGCUGGCUGAUGCCAUUUUUAAUGUAUAGUUACUGGAAGCUGUAUCUAAAUUUAUGAAGCACUGGAAUGAAUUAGACUUUAUAUUAAUAGCUCGUUUUAAGACAACUAGUCUAUUAUUGGAUUCACAUUAAGAGGUGUAAGGAUAAUGUGUAAGUUGGUCAAAAGGUGCUACUUAACAUGGCAUUCGUCUUUCUACCAAAACAAUCGUUUCCACACAGUAGGAGGCCUGCAGUUAUGGAUUUUAAGGGCAUGAUCCUAACAAAACAUGUAAGUUACAAACCACAUAUUGUGUUGAAAUCUAAAAGCAAACUUUAAUAGCCCUAUAUAACACUGAAUGAACAUGGGAUAAAUUUGAGAACACAACAAAUUAGACCCAGUAGCAACUACGCAUACUCGUCGAAUCGAUUUUAAUGAAUAGGUUGAACCGAUUCACAAAAACUGCUAUGAACGAUUCUUUUGCGAAUCGGACUGAAUCGAUCCGAGCGGUUCUCGAGUCGCCGACUCAAUUGAUUCAAACAUGUCCAAUUCAUAAUGACCAAAGUGUUAGGUUUAUUUGUUGUUGUUUUUUGGAGAGUACCAACUGAUCAGGCUAAAUGUAAAAUUAUUCAAGGAUUUAGCAAAUAAAAAUACAAUUUUAUCAAACCGCAUAUGAAACUUGGCUUUAAUAAGUAGCUAGGGUAGAGUUGAAUGGAAAAUUAAUAGGUACAACAGCCAAAAUAAGUAAGCUAAAUUAAUUUCUGUACUGUUAUAUAUACAAUACUGUAAUAUAUAAUGCUAAAUCAUAGAUACACGUAUUACAAUAAACAUUUUUUUUUAAAAUAAACCUUAAUAAUCAACACGUUAUAAACAGCAUUGUGCUUAAAUAAGGCUUCAGUUUGACAUUUAGAGAAUAUGAGACGGAAUUACGUGGGGUUUUUAUAUAUAUAUAUAAACUGUUCAAAAGAACCGAUUCUCUUGACUAAACGAGUAAUUAGCCGUCUCGUGAUCAAUCAACAGGUGGCUGCAGGGCGCGCCUCACCUUCUUCUCUGCGGCGUUUUGUUUAUUUCCUUUAUGUCCACAUUUAAGAGUUAAUAGCUAUCAUGGGGCGCAUAAGUUUGUGUUUUUCUUGUUAUUUGUACUUGCUUGGCAUAAUGUACAUCACCAAAGCUUACACUCAUGGGACCGGGGGUCACCUAGAAUAUAGCAACGUCGUAUCCACGGAGCAGAAAGUCCGUGCCAUGCAACCCAUGCCAGGCGCCGUCAGGCCGUGGACACAAUACAGUGAGUUUAUAAAAAAUCCUCCGGUUACGCGACCAUAUCACGUUUUCCCGAUGUUCCAGCAUGUUCCAGUUCCUCUAGUUGACAUGGAGAUGUUUAGACCUGACUUCGAGAGACGACACUUACCAAACCUUUUGACUAGCCUUCUAGUUCCUCAAGUGAAGCCUCAGUUAAACCAAGUGUCUCCCGUGCGUAAUGCUCGUGGCGUAGAGGUUUGGUGUGGUUACAGUAAGAUCUCGGUGCGCAUGAAUAAGAAACUACUGGGCUUCAGAGUUUCACCGUCUUCAUUUCACCUGGGAACAUGUCCUGUCUCUCGCUCCGACAAGAACUUCUUAUAUUUCCAUUACGACCUCAAUGACUGCGAUAGCUCUUUAAAGAUGAAGAGAGGCCAGAUCGUGUAUUCUAACACGGUGCACUACACACCAGAGACUCAAGGGCCAGUCAUCCGGGCGAUGCCCCUUACGUUAAACAUCCAGUGCCUAUACAAUAGAUUUCAUUAUUCAUACAAAAUAGGCUUCCAGCCUGUGGUGAGGGAGCACAUGUUUCACAAGAUUUUUGAGCGCAGUGCCAAGUUUAGUAUUUCUGUGUGUAAUGAACGCUGGGAAAGACUUGAGGAAAAUGGAAGUUUUGUCCUUGGGAAGCCCAUGUAUUUUGAAGUCAGUGCUGCUCAUACUUCUAUGGACGAAAGGAUUUUUGUUGACUCCUGCUAUGCAACAGCAUCCAAAAACCCAAAGUCCACUCCACAACACAAUGUUAUUAGUAAUUUUGGGUGUAUGGAGGACAGCAGAAUUCAAGGAAGUCUCUCUCGCUUUCUCCAAAGACAGUCAAAGAUUAUAAGGUUUUCAGUUGAUGCCUUUUUACUCCCCCAAGUUACUGGCACGCCCUUUUACCUGCAUUGCACAUUAUCGGUUCACAAUGCCACAAGUGCCACAGCAAAGUCGUGUACUUAUAACAAUGCAGAGAGAAGGUGGGACGAACUCUUUGCUGAUCCAUCCGUUUGUGCUUGUUGUGAUUCGACAUGUGAAAUUGGAGAAACUUCUUAUUUGCCUCAAAUGACACAAUCUGUGAUAACAAGUCUACCCUGGAUUUUGGACAAGAACGAACAAUCGAUAGUCAAGACUGAGGAAGGAUUGGUCAGUGUUCAGGAGGACACAGAGGAGGUGAAGUUCAAUAGCGCAGAAGGAAUCGGUGAAGAGGAAGAAGAUGAUGGUUACCCUGUGGAGAUUGUGACUGAUACUGAAAAACAAAUGGAAGCAAAAGAGGAAAAUAAAAAGUUGCCCAUGAAAGACUUAGAUGAGGAUGUAGAAGUAAUUGUUGGGACAGAGGAAACAACUGCUACAGAGUUAAAGGAUGAGGAGGGUGAUCGUUCUGGAAAAGUAAUGUCUGAUGGGGAACAGAUGGAUAGAGUUGUAGAGUUCAAGGAGGAUUCUGGGAGACUCAAGAACACAAGUAGAAUUGAACAGCCCAAAGUUCAGUUGAUAGAAGAGCUUUCGGAAGAUGUUAAUGAUGACAAAGGGUCCAGAAAGAGUGGACAAAAUGAACUGAUUUACAAGACCAAAGAAGAACUUUCCAAAGAUGAAAUACAGCCUGAAGGUUUGGAGAAGAACAAGCAUGUACAAAGCACAGUACCCUCACACAUGGUGAUAGAUGAAGAGAUAUUUUUAAAUGGCAAACAAGAACCAAUUGAGUGGAAUAAAGGUGAACAUUAACUAACCCAGUGAGCGAGAAAUGGGGGGCUGACAUUUGAGAUCGUUCCAGGGUCUCAGAGCAUUUUUUCUGUUUUAGGAACCCUGAUGGACCUUUUUUGGAGUUGCAUCUCUGGGGCAAAAGAUGUCGGCAUACUUAAAGUCAGUGUUUGGUCAUGGAUUCAACUGAAUUCAGAAAUGUGCAAUGCAUAAUAUAAUGACAUCCAGCUAUUAUUCAUGCAUAUGGAAUUCUUCAGUAAUGACAUCCACUGUAUUGUCAUCAGAAUAUUAAAACAAUUUUGACUGAUCAU